UCCAUAAUCUUAUUCACCAACUGAAUGUUAUCGUUGUUACAGGGUAUUUAUGUAGUGGAUAUGAAACAAAUAGCUAGAUUGUGUGGGUAUGCUGCGGCUGCGUUCUGUAGCGGUCAGUACAUGUGGAAAAACAUUGUGUCCGUGCACAAAGUCCAGGGUCAGUCUAUGUAUCCUGUACUCAAUGAACAGCGAAUGAAAUCUGAUUGGGUUAUUAUCAAUGAAACGAUUGCAAAUCACCUGGAUAAACUACAGAGAGGGGAUGUAGUUGUAUUUCGGAGUAUGAGAAACCCAGCCGAAUAUCAUAUUAAAAGGAUUGUAGCAUUGGAAGGUGACACUGUAAAGACAUUGGGAUAUAAAAAUGAAUUGGUCAAGGUCCCAACAGGCCACUGUUGGGUGGAAGGAGAUAACCAUGCAAUUAGUGAGGACAGUAAUAAGAUUGGUCCAAUACCAAUGGGACUUAUAACAGCCAGAGCAAGUUAUAUCUUGUUUCCUCAUUUUAGAAAAAUUCGACCAAAAUUUGUUCAUGAUCGUGUCUCUGUCAAUCCUAAUGUUGAAAAGGAUGUUUUGAGAUAUUUGAAUGAUUUACCGUCUGUAAUUUUAUGAACACACUGUGCAACUACUCGAAGGCUGUAGCCUAUGUUACUAUUUCCCUAAACUAACUUUCUUGAUUAUAAAGAGCAUUGCGUUACAGAUUUUUUUUGUUUUUGAAGGUUAAUUUUUUGCUCCAAAUACUGUGGCCAUUAGGGCAUAACUGCGACCAAUCAAAUUGGGGUGAAAUAUAAGAAUGCUCGUUACAGUUAUUUAUGCCAUGUUCAGGUUCAUUGAUAAAAAAUUUACAAUUAAUUCUGACACCUUACUUGUGUAGUAUCGAAAUCAAGGUGCUAAACCAUAUUUUCUUAUUUGCCAAUAAAGUCUUGUACUGUAUCUAUUAUUAUA